AUGGAGCGGCCGAAGUCUUCGAGCGGACAGAUGUCGCUGUUCCAGGUCUAUCUGCGACUGCGCCCGCCGAUCCAGGGCAGACAUGAUGCCAAACAAGAGCCCUUUUUGUCCAUUGAGCCUCCUGAGGGCGACGAGCCGUUUCCAACCCACAUUACCGUCCAGCCGCCGAACGAUGCGAGAAAACGGGCCGUCGAGAAGUUCGCGUUCACGAAGGUGUUCGAGGAGGAAGCUACACAGCUAGAUGUCUUUCAGGAGUCUGGCAUGCAAUCAUUGAUCAAUGCCGUGAUUUUGGAAAACAGGGAUAGCCUGGUGGCGACGCUGGGAGUUACAGGAAGUGGGAAGAGCCAUACCAUCCUGGGAUCCAAGACGCAGCGAGGUAUAACGCAGAUGUCACUUGAUAUCAUAUUUAAGUCGCUUGAAAACACGAUACAAGUCCCAGAUGAUGAAGCAGAGGACCCUCUCCUCGAUUCCGUCACCGCAUCAGACCCGUCAGAAGCCCAGAUUUACUCUGCAGAACAUUUUCUAGAGAUGAUCUACGGAGACGGAGAUCGAGGACGAAUAUCAAGAGCGCAGACACCUAUGUCUAGAUCUCAGACGCCCAUGGUAGGUCACUCAUCACAACUCAGCAUCUCAGCACAAUGGGGGAAGAAUACGCAUUCAGCACUUGAGCAGAUACACCAAAAAGCACAGAUAUACCCCUUUACAUCACAGUCUCUUGGCUAUAAAGAGCCGAAUUAUAAACUUCCCUCCCAACGCCCCUUUUGGAACAGAAAUAACCACAACAGUAUAGCAAAGAAUGUUACUAAACCACAUCUCAAGGAUUCGUUCAUAGGAAGCAGCUCGCGACGCCCACACCUCCCUCGAGUUAGCAUACUGCCCCAAGACCCCGACACGAGCAGCAUCAAAAUCCCCGUUCCCGAAACCGACGAGCAUGUUGUCCUAGUGUCGAUGUACGAAGUGUAUAAUGAUAGAAUCUUCGACCUCCUCUCCCCGGCCAGCCAAGUUAAUGGAACCAGAGCUGCUAAUAACCAGAAAGACCGCCGACGACCUCUACUUUUCAAAUCAACCGAAGGCUCAACAGAUCGUAAAGUUGUUGCCGGGUUGCGGAAAGUCGUUUGCUCAACAUACGAAGAAGCGCUAAUGGUCCUUGAAACAGGCUUGACUGAAAGAAGGGUUACUGGCACAGGAAGUAACAGCGUCAGCUCCAGAAGCCAUGGAUUCUUCUGCGUUGAAGUUAAGAAGAAGGUCAGGGAUAGGAGAUAUGGUCACGAAUCAUGGGCCGGACACACCUUCACCAUUGUUGAUCUUGCAGGCUCCGAGCGAGCGAGAAACGCAAAAACCGCCGGAGCAACGCUUGCGGAAGCAGGUAAAAUUAACGAGAGUCUGAUGUACCUUGGUCAAUGUCUGCAGAUGCGGUCUGAUAUCCAAGAUGGCAACAAGGCACUCGUACCAUUCAGACAGUGUAAACUGACAGAGCUCCUGUUUUCAAACUCAUUCCCAUCACCAAAUAAUUCAUCGAAUUCACAACCAAGAAAUUCCCAAAGGGCUGUCAUGCUAGUAAUGGCUGACCCCCUUGGUGAUUUCAAUGCAACGUCCCAAAUGCUGCGGUAUUCUGCCCUCGCCAAGGAGGUUACCGUUCCAAGAAUUCCAUCUAUAACGAGCACAAUACUAUCUGCUCCUCCUAGCUCAACAACGCAAAAACCUAGCCCUGGUACCUCUAGUAAGGCUCAAGCCGCUUAUGCAGAUCAGCUAGAACUCGCGGCCUUGGAAAUUGCACAGAUAAGUGACGAAUAUGAAGCACUUGCUGUUAGGUUCUCUGAGGAACAAGCCCUGAGGAUCGAGGCGGAGUUCAAGCUCAAAGCUGCUGAAGAGAGAUGUUUGCUCAUCGAACAGGAUGUUCGGGAGGAAUGCUGGGCUGAGAUGGAGGAGCGCAUGGACGAAGAGAAGCGACGGUGGCAAGCAGCUUUAGAUGAACAGACUUCUCGAAAUGAGGACCAUCUAGAUAUGAAAAUUGACAUUCUUUCCCGUGGUAUCAAGAUACACGAAGACCCUGCGCCAGAUUCAGCCGAAAAAAUAGACGAAUUAGAAUCCGAAAAUGACGCGCUACGGCGCAAAAUAGAGCAGCUCGAAAGAGAGCUUCAUUCUAGAUCUCCAACUAAGAAAACUAGAUCCAAGAAAAACACUAUACCCGGUCGAUAUGAUUCCAUGGAUUAUAGCUUCAUUCCCGCUAAUGAAAGUAAUAUUGAGAAUUCCCAGCUGGACAUGAAGAAGCUCAAUAUGAAGUCUAGCCCCCUUUCACAGUCCGGCAAACCGAAAAGGUUGACUACCCGUCAAUGGGACCUAGCUCCUGAAGGCGCAUAUGAUUAA